GUGGAUCAAGCUUGUUCCGUUCGAAGGGGACCCUCGCUACCUCAUUAAUGCCGACACCGCCGUUCCUCGCCAGAAACGCCCUCGAGACCUUUUAGAGUUCCCUAUGCUAGCCUAGAAUACCGAUUGCGAUAUAAGCGGCACAUGGAAUAGACAAGCCUGGAACAGCGUAGUCCGCUAUGGUUCGCUCAAGAUGAAAGCCGUCCAGCCAUCGACCACCAACGUCACCGAGAUGACAAAGGCUCGAUUCGGAUUAAUCGACUACACCAUUCCCACCGUGCUCGACGCACUCCCCCUCGAAGCCCGGGAGAUGGUCUACGAGAAAGCUAUGGAAGCAGGCCACCACUUCGACGACACCGUCUACGUGCAGUCGUACGAGAGGUCCUCCCGAACUCGCCCUCGCUUCCUUCCCGCAAUCUACCACACCUCUAAGGGCAUCUUGGCAGAAGCGGGCCCGGUCUUCAUCCGCAACUCCAUUUUUGUCGUCUCUUCUUACCCUGCAAACCAACUCUUCACCGCGUUCCUCGAAUCGUUGCCGCAAAACGCGGGGUUCAAGGCCGUGCGAGUACUGCGCUUCCAGUACUUCGAUUGCUUCCCCGGCGGCGAGGAGCACUCUGUCCAUGCGGACCUUUUGCUUGCAUCUCGAUGCCCGGGUCUGCACACAAUCUCGCUGACCUUUCACGUACGCUUAACUCUGCAAAAUUUUAUCGAAGUACCUAUAUCAAGUUGAGGAUGGCGGAUACCAGAAGUAUGGCUCUAAGAUCGUGGACGACCUCGUGGCUUGGUACUGGUUGGAGAAGCUUUUCCAGUGCGAGUGUCUGGGUAAAGUGAUGCUCGAUGGCAUUUAUUUGUGGAUGGACGAUGAGAAUCUGUGGAACUGUGGAGAACUGUUGAUGGGUCUGGCGAAGUGGAUUGAGG